UUCAACAUGAAUAUCGAUUAUCAGAACCGAAAUGGGACAUGAUCCGAUUGUGGAUAACACUAACACUCCUCGGAAUCAAAAUAGGGAUUUGGCUGAAUACCUGGUUCCGGACGGAUUGACAUCCUGAAUUGCAAACUGCGGUCAGGAGGAGAAGGCAAGUUGUCUUACCCAAGAAAAAAAACAAGAGAAGGCAAGUUGUUAGGGCGAAACCCAUAAUCUCGCUUCUGCCGACUGCCGAGCCCCUCUCUCUCUCUCUCUCUCUCUCUCUCUCUCUCACUGUGGCGUUUCACUUAUUUCAAGUUCAAAAUAGCCGGGAAACUAACGGCUGGCAAGAACGAUACCCUAGAGCCUCUUCAUGCUUAAUCAAUUACGGCUAUGGGCAUUGCUUCGUCGCCCUCCAAAAACCAUGAAUCUGAAUCCCCUCGCUUACCUUGUCGUCUUAAAGCCCUCAUUUUCUAAUUUAGCAGCUGUAGACGAUUCCAUGGAUUUCUCCAUCUCUAACCCUAGAGACCCCGUUCGAGAAAUUCUCAGAGGUUUCAAAAGCUUUGGACCCUUUAAAUUUCUCAGUAGCGACCACUUCCGAAUGUUGAUUUCAGGUUUGAGUCCCUCACAAGUCGAUCAGAUUCUCCAUACUUUGAGAACACAUGAUGCGGAGUUUGCAGUUGCUGUCUUCCACUCCUUGAGGGAUGACUAUGGGUUUCGGCACUCUAAGAUCUCUAAUUUCAUUAUUUGUCAUAUCGUAGCUGAAAAGGGCUACCUAAGAGAAUUGCGUCAGAUUUUAAGAAAGAUGGUAGAAUCAGAAGGAUCUGAUUCUGCACCUUGUCUGUGUGAGCUACUAUGGAAUAACUUCAGAGGGUGGAAUUCAAGUAAUCUGGUAUGGGUUAUGCUAGCUAAUGUUUAUUCAAGCUAUGGGAUGGUUUGUGAUGCGUUCUUUAUAAUUCGUAGGAUGAAGCACUAUAACUUUCAACCUUCCAUUUCAACGUACAACAAUUUGAUAUGCAACCUGAGACACCCGGAUAUCAACCUGAGAUACCCGGAUAUCAUAUGGUAUAUAUACCGUGACAUUAAAGCCAGUGGGCUUCCUCCGAGUGAAUAUACUUAUAGUAUCCUUAUAGAUGCUCUAUGCAACCAGUCGAGAUUACGAGAAGCAGUAACAUUCUUUCAGGAGAUUGUAAGAAAAGAAUUUAGACCCUCCAUCGUUUUGUUCAAUACCCUUAUUUCAGGGUUCUGUAGUAAUGGUUCUGUAGAUGUUGCCAAAUCAUUGCUUUGUAUGAUGCUCAAGUACAGAGUACUUCCUGAUGGCUACAGUUACAAUACUCUUAUUCAUGGGAUGUGUGUAGCAGGAUCUGUGGUGGAAGCCAUGGAGUUUAUCCAUGACAUGGAGAGGAACGGUAUUGAGCCAGACUUGGUUACAUAUAACAUUCUUGUUAAUGGUUUCUGUUUGCUUGGUAACAUGAAUAUGGCUAGGGACCUCAUUUGGAAGAUGCAAUUUAAAGGUUUGGACCUUAAUGUUGUAACAUAUACGAUACUAAUCUGUGGACAUUGUGAAAUGGGGAACAUCAGAGAAGGUUUGAAGUUGAAAAAAGAGAUGAUUUCACAAGGUUUUCAGUUGAGUAUUGCAACAUACAGUGUACUGCAGAGCAGUCUAUGUAAAGUUGGCUUACUUGAUGAAGCCAUGGGCUUGCUUUGUGAAAUGAAAGCUGUUGGCUUGGAACCAGACCUUAUUACUUAUUCCAUCCUAAUUGAUGGCUUUUGCAAGAAUGGGCAGAUGGAGAUGGCAAUUGAAAUAUAUACGGAAAUGUGCUCAAAAGGAAUUAUCCCUGAUUCGUUCGUGUAUGGUGCUAUUCUGUCGGGUCUAUGCCAAAAGGGAAUGAUAUCAGAGGCAAGGGAAUAUUUCGACUCCCUAACCCAACACUACUUGGUGGUAGAUAUCAUUUUAUAUAACAUAAUGAUUGAUGGGUAUGCAAAACUCGGUAAUAUUGAUGAGGCUGUACUAUUGUACGAGCAAAUAAUUGAAAAUGAGCUUACUCCAAGUAUUAUCACAUUUAAUUCCCUAAUCUAUGGGUUGUGCAAUAAUAGGAGACUGGCAGACGCUAAACGGCUGUUGUCACAUGCAAUUAAGGUUUAUGGAUUGGUACCAAGCGUUGUGACUUAUACUACCCUGAUGGAUGCAUUUUACAAAGAGGGAAAUCUAAAUGAUGUGCAUGAAUUGAGGCGUGAGAUGGAAGCAAAAGUUGUUGCACCUUCUGUUGUAACUUAUACUGUAGUUAUAAAAGUGUUUUGCAAACAGUCUAGGCUACAAGAAGCUGACCAAGUACUAUCGGACAUGCGUGCAAAGGGUCUCACCCCAGAUCAGAUUACUUACAAUACCCUUAUUCAAGGUUUUUGCAAGGUUAGAAACCAGGAAAAAGCUCUUGAACUAUUUUUUGAAAUGCAAAAGCAUAAUCUGGAGCCAAGUCCUGUUACAUAUAAUAUUCUCAUUAAUGGCCUUUGCAUGUACAGAGACUUAACCCGUGCUGAUGAAAUGUUCUUGUAUUCUCUUCAAAAUCCCAAUGUCAGAUUGACAAAAACUGCUUAUACCACAAUAAUUAAAGCACAUAGUGCAAAGGGCAAUGCUCAUAAAGCGAAAAUUAUUUUCGAUCUGUUGGAGAGGGGAUUUGAAAUCACAAUUAAAGAUUACAGUGCAGUGAUUAAUAGACUAUGCAAAAGGUUCUUACUAAAUGAAGCAAAAGAUUUCCUUCGUCUGAUGCUAUCUCACGGAGUUUACCCAGAUCAAGAAUUAUGUCACAUAAUGCUUAAUUCUUUUCGCCGGAAAGGUGAUGUCAGUUCAAUGUCUGAACUAAUGGCAGAAAUGAUCAAAAGUGGCUUGCAUUAUUGAUUAACUUCGGGGGAAGAAAAAAUUGUGAGCUCUAAUUGAAUCCGUUGGAAGGAUAAGUUGAUUGGUAUGCUUGGCAGUUUCGUUCUGAAGUAUAUGUUACAGAAGUCCUCAGCAAGCUUGAGCUCAUAUUUAGGAAAGUCAAGGUAUCGACAACCCCAUAUGGAAGAGUAAUGGACCUUUCGUUAUCACAAGCAUGAGGCCCCAGGUUUAUUGCUGAUCAAAUAUUUCAUUGGAAAAAGGAAUUAAUUCUUCCAUUUCCAUGCCUGUAUUUAUUUUUGCAUUUGAUCAAAGAGGGCUCUUGCACGGGAACACAAAAACUCGGAAGAGAACAAGGAUACAGACCACAAGAGAAUGAAGUCAAUCACUCCAUAAUUAGAUGUUUCAUUUGCUCAUGAGGAAACAGCUGAAAAGAUAGUAGCACUUCAGAACCUUGGGCAUCUUUCUUGCAUUAAAAAGCUUGAAAUAGAAUUUGCUUUUGCUAAGAUCUCAGUAAGAUUUCAGUGGCUUUGUCUGAUAGAGAGCUCUCCUAAUUUAUGGUGACUUGAAUGCAUAUAUUAGAGCUCCUCUUGUGGAACCUGUGCUGGAAUUCUUAAUAGAUCAAGGCCAUUUGAGCUUCUCCUCAAACAAACUUCAGUUUGUGAAGAUGUAAUGUAGAGAAGCCGUGAGAUCUGAAUUGGAAUUCAUCAAAUUCGUACUUUCCAGUAUCAAGUGACGAGGCGCAAAGAUUAUUACAUGAAGAGUUAUUGCAGUUUCAAGGAGUUUCAUAAUAAGCAAAAAUCAUAUUCUUAAAACUUGAUCCAGAACCUAGGAUGUUGGCAACUAGCAGAAAUCUCUUUUGAACCAGGGAGUACACAUUUGCUGAUAUUUGGAUGUUGGUGCAUUGGGCGAAUACCUGAAACUGAUGUUUGUUACAUUUGGAAUCCCUGCCUCUCUUGAUCAAUUUACCAAUGAUCCACAGUUUUCUUCAUGCCUGAAUUCUGCCGGCGUCUGAAGAUCUCCUGCGUUAUCUCCUUCUUAGGUAAUUGUAAUUGGAAACACUUACUAUUAUUCAUCUUCUGUGUUCUUUGAGUCGGAUCUGUAAAUCCAUUUUUUAAUGCUGAUUAAUUGCUCUGCAUCUAUUGAUUGGCCGUGAAAGCUUGAGGUUUUAUUUUUCUGAUGAUUCAUUUUAUCUCGAGGUGUUUGAUGUUAUUUCAAUCUAUAAGUGAUUGGUUUAAGGGAAAAGGUUCUUUCACAGUAACGGCUUUGGUUUGAAGAUUGCUUAUGGUUUGAUUGAUUGAUUAUGUUUUUCCCCGAAGGAAUAUCUGGAUUUGCAUGCAUGUGGAAUUUCGGUUGUUUUGAUAUCUGAAACAUUGUCUCUUGUUACUUGGAUAAAUUUAGACGUUUUUACAUGGGUGAUAGAAUAUUUCAAGUGGGUGCAAACUUGUUUCACCCUUUACUUGUACAAUAUUUCUCCCAAAGAACUUUCAUUUGAAAAGAUGGAUUUUUAUUUUCUGGAGGGCAGGUCAUGGGACUUGAAAAGUUUUUUAUGACUCACUACUGCCUUUUCCAAUUGCAUUGCAAAAGGAAAAAUCUGCCACAUACGUCUGGGUCAUAAGUCCUGUAGAUUGGGUGAAGAGUUCCAUUACAGGUUAUUGUUCCCUAAAAUUUUAUUUUUUUCCUAAAAUUAAUGAGUUGCAGGCUUUGAGUUUUAGUAUUUAUCUUUUUGAUUCUCUUGGUUCCAAGCAAGAUGUUGCUUGGAACUCAUAUUUUUCUUGUAUACAAGGGUAAUCCAGUGUAUUAUAUUUUAAGAAUAUUUGAUUUUCUCCUCCUCAAAUUUUGGGAUGAUUUUUUCUUCCUUUUAGAUUCCUACUUUGACAUGAUUAAUAUUCAAAAUGGAAUACAAUGUGUCCAUUUUCUGGUGAUUCUGAUUCAGGAGGAACAGGACAAUCCAAUAACAAUAUUACUAAUAAAUUUGCAGCAUUUUCUGUAUUGCUCUUUUUUGGUGGUACAUUUUGUUGUUUAGACCUGUUGCUUAGUAGUCAGAUUAAAUUACCAAGGGGGAAUCAGUCACAGUAGGAUCCAUUACAACUUCAAAAAGAACUCGGAGUAGAUCAGAUUUGACGGCAGGAACAGAUCUGAAAUAGACUCAGAUUUAGGUUGAAACUUGCAUAAAUUUUAUCUCACCAAAUAUGGCUCUGUUGGGGCUACAAUUUAGAUGGAAUGGAGAACCUAUAUGAGGGAACAAAACAUCAAAGUCUAACAAAUUCUGCUGGCUGGAUACAGACUUAUGCUGGUUGCAAGAAAAAGGAACUUUUUGGUGAUUCUUCAAGAACUUGAGUUGGAAGCGUUGGAUGAUCCUCAAUUUGGGUCAAGUGAUCCUCCUAAGAUCCUUAACAAACCCUCAAAAUCUGCAGCAAUCCAGGAUCUGACCUAGAAGUCAUGCACUCGAAAAUUCUUCCUAGGAAAGUCCUGUAACUGGAUUCGAUGGCCUUCGUUGAAUUGAAUUCCUGGAAAUAAGUUUUGCUUUUCCAAAUUUUAGAUUAGUAGACUUCUCUGGAACUCUUCCCUCUAUUUAUGAUUGCAGAAGGAUAAAUUUUAACAAUAUAGCUAUGACAUUGUAGAAUAUAUGGUGAAAGCAUUACAAUAGAGGAUGAUGAUUGUUACUACAGGAUAGUAUGCUUCUCUUGUAACCUUCUUCAAGCAAGAAGCAGUUUGUCACAUGCAAGAAGAGGAGUGUGAUUCCCAUGCAUUCUCUUGUUCAUUGUGAUGUGUUUUCUAGGUUCACUUGCUUACCCUUCAGGAUUUUGCAAAUUACAUUCUCUUACAGAGUUUGUGAACACUCAGUUGGGCUUUUGGCACACCAAAUGGAGAGCUGGAAACAACAGAAAUUCACGAGGCAGUUGCUAUGUAAUGCCAUAAGUAGUAGAAUAUAGAAACCAGUUACAAAAUUGCAAAACUAAAUUUAACUUCAGCAUCUAUCAAGGCCUAAGCUAAAGUCAUUAUCAUUGUAAAUUUGUUUGGUUCAUGGAGAAACAAAUAAAUGAAUAAAGUCAUAUUACAUCAAGGUGUGAGUUGUGAAGGCUCUUUCUGUGGUCCAGUAAGGACAGUCAAUGUUUGUCAAGCACCAUUGCUUGGGAGUAGAGAUCUUAGUUGCUGAAGUUGUGCAUAUUUUUGUUCCCACUCUAAAAGGUGAAACAUGUAUAGUGUUCAUUAUUAUAUAUAUAUAUAUAUAUAUAUAUAUAAGCAAGAGGGAAAAGGAAAAGGAUCGUAUUCACAUUUCCUUAUCAGUGUACAGUUUUAGCAGGCCAUAAUAAUGUUUCAUUGCUCCUCGCUUCCGUGGUUCUCUGCAAGGAGCCAUGCAAAACUACAGGACCAUUUAAAAAUUCUCAAUAAAAAAAUAAAUAAAUAACUGACCAUAGAAACAAGUUGAGAAUAGACCAAAGGAUGAUAUUUGAACCUAUAGCUCUAAGCCUCAUUGAACUGCAGAAUAUACUAUGCUUUCACACCAUUGUGUAGACUGCUUUCAGAACUCCAUCUUAGUUUCAUCUGAUUCAUGCCAUGGAAAUUGUUGACAAGAUAGUGCUCUUGGCCUAAGAAGCACAUGUUCGCAAACCUCAAUUUGAUGAAGACUAAGAGGAAAUCGUAUACAGUGGAGAAACUUAUAACCAGAACCUCAACCCCAGCAGAUUAGUCAUGGCUUAUCUCUAAAUAAAGUGUUGCAUCAGUCUCCUUGAAAAUGGGAAACUAUUUUUUUAAGGAUUUCUUAUUCAAAUUUUAGGAAAUGUUCUUAACUUUCUACAUGGUACAGGUUCAGGAAAUCUCUGUUAACCUGGAAAAAUGCUCAGCUUAAUUUCUCUCUCUUCUUAAUCUUUCCUCCCUCAUUUUUUUCAUAGGUAUGUGGAGGGGAAUGCAUCGGCUUAACAAAUCAAUUUCCCAAUGGACUCAUGAAGAAGAAUGGAAUUGCCAAAACACUAGACUAUUUGUCUAAGUGAAUUUUGGGAUCGUAAUUGUGAAAUCAUGACUACAUGUUCAGCUAUGUCAAACCUAAUACAUACAAUAAUAGCAAAGUCCACCAUCCACAAUAAUAGCAAGGUAUCUGUAAUGGGUGCAUCUUGUUGUAACCAAAAUGGUGAACUAACAAGUUGAAAUCGUUUUCUUCAUUGUAGUAACAUUGCUUUUAUGUCA